AUGGUUUCCUUUCAUCCAUUCCUAACUGCUUCCCGUUCCUUUGAUCGAUUCCCAUUGCUUCCCUAUUAUUUCAUUCUUUCCCAUUUCACCCAUUCUUUCCAUUUUUUCUAUUCUUUCCUACUAACACAGUGGGACGUCGUUCUCUCCAACACCUUGAUCAAAACCGGUCUUGGUUUCGGAGGAGGUGUCUUGGCUUCGGUGCUCUUUUUUAGAAGAAGAGCUUUCCCCGUUUGGUUGGGUGUUGGUUUCGGAUUGGGAAGAGGUUACGCCGAGGGAGAUGCCAUCUUUAGAUCCAACCACGGCUUGAGAACUAUUAAGGCUUAG